UGAAUAAAUAUUUAUUUUGAAGUUACAUUUAAUUCAUAUCUCAAAUUUAUAUUUUAUGAUACAUUAUGUUGUAAUGAAAAUGGUAAAUUCAGGAGGUUUUGUUUGUUUUGAAGGUCCUUUGUUUACAUUGUGAACGUGUGUCGAUAAACUUUAGGUGAUAGGUUGAAUAUUUGUUUUUUGAUAGUGACUAUGCUAAUUGUUUGAACAGUAAUUGUUUUCAACUGUUAACUAUUAUAUACUGUUAACACAAAUUUCUUUGUUCUAUUGUUGAAGUUUAUUGUCACUCAGUGUGAUCUUGGUUCUGAUAGCAGCAAGUAUGGCGUCCUCUGGUGCUAAAAAGUGAAAGUGGGCAAGUAGGUCAUAUUAUGCAAACCUCUGAUGAGUGCUGCAGACAUUGUUUGCAAGUUAAAUAGUUUUGUAUGCUGUUCAGUGUUCUAAUACUGUUAAUAACUGGAAUGUUGUCAUUUAAUGAUAUAUGCAGUUCCUUGGCAGUGGGCACAAAAACAGGGUACAGACUGUUUUCUUUGAGCUCAGUUGAUAACCUUGAGCAAAUUUAUGAAAAUGACACGGAGGACAUCUGCAUCGUGGAGCGCCUGUUCAGCAGCAGUCUGGUCGCGGUGGUCAGCCUGGCGUCGCCUCGCAAGCUGAAGGUGUGCCACUUCAAGAAGGGCACGGAGAUCUGCAACUACAGCUACUCCAACACCAUCCUGGCCGUGAAGCUGAACCGCGCCCGCCUCGUGGUGUGUCUGGAGGAGAACCUCUACAUCCACAACAUCAGGGACAUGAAGGUGCUGCACACGAUACGAGACACGCCGCCCAACCCGCUGGGGCUGUGCUCGCUCUCGUCCAACAGCGACAACUGCUUCCUGGCCUAUCCCGGCUCCAACACCAUCGGCGAGGUGCAGAUCUUCGAUGCCGUCAACAUGCACGCCAAGACCAUGAUCCCGGCCCACGACAGCCCGCUGGCCGCCCUGGCCUUCAGUCCGUCGGGCGCCCGGGUGGCCACCGCCUCGGAGAAGGGCACCGUCAUCCGGGUGUUCGAGGUGCAGGACGGGGCCAAGCUGUACGAGUUCCGGCGCGGCGUGAAGCGCUGCGUCAGCAUCGCCAGCCUGGCCUUCAGCACGGACUGCGCGUUCCUGUGCUGCUCCAGCAACACGGAGACGGUGCACGUCUUCAAGCUGGAGCAGCCCCACCAAGUGCUGCGCCAGGUGCCUGAGGAGGCGCAGGGUUGGAUGGGCAUCCUCUCCAAGGCCGUGUCUGCGUCUGCCAACUACCUGCCGUCGCAGGUCACCGACGUCUUCAACCAGGGCAGGGCGUUUGCCUCCGUGCACCUGCCCUUCCAGGGUCUGCGCAACGUCUGUGCCAUCACCGCGAUACAGAAGGUGCUGCGGCUGCUGGUGGCCUCGGCUGACGGCUUCCUGUACGUCUACAACCUGGACUGCGCGGAGGGCGGCGACCUCUCGCUCCUGAAGCAGCACAGGUUGGACGGGCGAGGGGAGCCGGCCGAGGGUGCCCCCGCGAGCGCGGAGCCGCGCCCCGCCCCGAGCCCCGUGCCGGCCGCCGCCCCGCCCGCCCCAGGCUCCGUUAGUAGCUACGCUGGGAUAUUGAAGGGCUGCUCGCCGGGCACCAUGUCAGGUACUGUUGACUCUGAGAAGUUUCACGAAAUGGCAGCAGCGACGGAGUCACCCCCGAAGGGAGGGUUUCGUUUCGAAGACGAUGGGGAGUUCCCGCCGGUGACACAGAAGACCGAGUGAAGCCACUGGGCGACGGCUGUGACGUUGCCAGCUGGCCGGCGAAAAUACGUGAUGGUGCGGUCGUGUGAACAUAUCCAUUUAAAAACCGCUUUAUGCUUUACUACUCAAGUUCUUCUCUUCUGUCCGGAGAACUCUUAUUUCUGAUUUGUUGUCAUUGUUCUGAUAUUGUACGUGUAUUUUGUGUUUGUAAAUGUGUACAUUAUGUUAUUGGAACGUGUUUUCAAGGAUGUCCGAGCUGCAUUGUGCUUGCCACCAAUGCAGUUUUCUAUAAAAAAAUAUAUAAUUUUUAAAAAAUUGUUAAAAAAAUAUCACAUUGAUAAAUAAAUUAGUGGUUAGUUUGCUAGGCCUGUUGCCUGAUUUGUGAGCUAUAACUGGUGUUGGUGUGCAAGUGGCAGGGAUGUGUUUGGGAAGGUAUAGACGGGGUGUAACUGUGUCGGUGGUGCAGUGUUCGCUGGUAUUCUAGUGCGGCAUCACCAAGCGCAGAGCUGUGGACUGGUGCACAGUCUUCUCUUUGUGCAUAGGGAAACUGAGAUUCGAGUGGUAACCAUAACAUUAUUACAGAUAAAUAAAGAUACAGGUGUAAUGCAACAAGUCCCUUGAGUGCUUUCAAGAAUCUCUAUAAUCAGAUUUUCAUGCCAAAAAAUUAUCCUGAAAACAUGCAUUCUGCCAUUUUUAUUAUUCUAAAAAAACAUUUUAAAAAAUAAAUCUGGAAACAUGACUACUAUCCGCCCUCAAAGUACUAUUAAGUGCUUUUUGGAAAUAGACCCCAAUCUGAAUCUCAAAGUUUUUAAGUUGUGUCAUAUUUAUGCCCAGGUGGGCGAGGCCUUAGGAAGCUGUGUUACAGGGACCAAAUUGAGUCUUCAUAUCACUGAUAAACCAAGGACAAAAAACCAGGAUAAAAAUAAUAAAUGGAGUUUCAAAUAUAUCAAUUUUACCAAUAUACAAACAUUAGGAACAUUAAUAAAAACUUUUAAUUUUAAUGUUUAAGUAUAAGCUAUGCACAUGCAACAAUCUCGCCGUGUUUGACAACAUACUAGAGAACAUGUGGUCGAGAUGUGCCGCUGACUCAGUGGUGGUCUAUGGUGGGUGUUCGGGUACACAGUGAGUGUCAGCUGUUUGUAGCUAGGAGAAAGUUUUUUCCCUUGCAUAAAAUUUUUAUUAUAAA